AAUCAAGGUUUCUGUUUGAAUUUGCCACAACAUGGCGGAUGGUGUCUAUUGUCGCUACGAAUACUUUAUUUGAAUGCGGCCUAAAUUACUGUGGUUGAAUUGAAUGUUGCCUACUGCUAUUUAUUUCAAAAUUGAACCUUAAUUCUACUAGGCUAUCGUACUUUAAAUUAAAUUUAAAUUAAUGUAAUUAAUUUCUAAUUAUUUACAUAUUCUAUGUAUGCUACUUAACAUUUGAACUUUGAACGUUUGCAUUUAAUUCAAAGUUCAUAGUCGGCACAAGUGCUCCUUCUAGAAAUGCCCCAUUUAAAUCCAUUUGUGUAUUGGGCACAAAAUGAAGAUUCUCUGUUUCUGAAGAUAGAUUUGAAAGACGUCAAUAACCCAGAUAUCAAAUUUGAAGAACGUAAAUUUCAUUUUCAAGCACAUGGCGUUGGCGCUCAUGGUAGUGAAAAUUACGGAUUCUGUUUGGACUUUUGUUCAGAAAUAAAUCCCAAUGAAAGUGUGUGUAAAGUCCUGGGCAGUAAAAUCGACUGUAACAUAGUUAAGGCAAAGAAGGGUUGGUGGCCGCGAUUGACUGGCAAACCUCAAAAACCCGGUUGGCUGAAAAUUGAUUUUGAUCGAUGGCAAUCUGAGGAUGAUUUAAAUAGCGAGGAUGAAAAGUUACACGACAUCCGUGACGACUACGCCGAUCUCUAUGAGAGACUGAAAAAAGAGGAAUUUGGUUAUACUAAAGAGGAUUUAAAGAAAGUUUACUUCAUAAUUUACAAUCUGGCGAUGUUCGUUGGUUUCACUUAUGUAGUUGCAGUCCUGGCUGUACAAUAUUUGAAGGACGGUAUUGACUCAUUUUCCCAAUUCUAUGAGGUGGUCGGACCUGCAAUGAAAUAUUUGCAUUUCCUCCAAUUUUCGGAAAUAAUCCUGGUAUUAAUCGGUUGGAGGAGUGGUGCAAUUUUACCUGCUCUCAUUCAAAUUGGAGGGCGAUUGAUUCUAAUUAAUUUAUUGAUUGAUCCUGAGCCACGACUCCAUAAAGAAGGAACUUUGUUUUUAUUAUAUUUAGUGUGGUCAUCUGUAGAGUUAAUUCGUUAUCCAUUUUAUAUUACGGAAGUGUGCAAUAUCAAAGUUCCUUUGCUGAAAUGGUUGAGAUACUCGGCGUGGAUCGUUUUAUAUCCAAUUGGUAUCACGUUGGAAGCCAUCGUCUUGUAUAUGAGUAUACCAUAUUUGGAGGAGACCAAACGACUCUCUGUAUCAUUACCAAAUGCCUAUAAUUUUUCAUUUUCAAUGGUUGUUUUGAUAAGGGUGUAUCUUUUAAUAUGUAUGUUUCCACUUUCUGUGUUUCUGAUGGGACACAUGUAUAGAGCUAGGAUUAAGAAGUUAUCUUCAAAGGCUUGGAAGAAAAUUAAAUAAUUGAGUAGUUGUAUGAUAUUCAACUAUGCAAGUUCUUGUUUUAUCAUUUUUGAUUUAGAUAGUCAAGGUACCUCUUACCUAAACCAUUUUCCUGUAGGAAACUUAUUGCAAAUUCAUCAUCCUCAAUUGCACUAUACUAUGAUGCACAUAGUAGUACAUGCGAAAAUGGUGUACACCAUUAGAAUUAUUGGAGCAAGUGCAAUACAUAUAUCUAAUUAAGUAUUUUGUCUGACGCUGCCAAUGGCAACGAGUACUUUUUUACACGCUGCCAAUGCCAACGCACAGACGUCUAAAAUGUACCUAAUCUGAUUAAUUUUUCUUCUGAUUUAAAAACCAUUAUUUUUUUAUAUUCUCACGUUUGAAGAAUAAAUAGCGUAUAUUAUGCGGA